GAAUACGAAGCGUCGAACAGGCAUUGUACAGCGGACCACCGCCACCUUCACAGUCUGCACGCGCACGUGUGGGUGCGUAGUGUGCGUGCGUCAGGCGCGUGGACGUCUCCAAGCUUGGUGCAUGUGCGUCUCUAUUCACGUGCUGUCGCUCCCACGCGCGUUUGAGUAUCGUCGAGCGAAAGGUACAAUUCAUUGUUACGAAGGAUGCAACACCUCGGUGCAAGCGUUCCCACUUCUCCGACCUGCUGUCAUUUACCGCACGCAGAACUGACGUCCCACCCACCACCCUGCUACCCUGCUACCCGCCAGACGUAAUAGUAUCUAUUCAGUCAAGUGGUUGUCCCCCUCUACCCUGGGAUGUUGCCAACGAGAAGCAGAAGAUAACAGACGUGAGCACCCACCGCGAACGGCGGAGCAGCAGCAGCAGCGCAGCACAGCGCGGAGUUGGCGUUGCUGCACCUCCUGGCCGCGUCCCACCACUGCCGGCGGCUGGCCUGUGGUAAAGGGCUUGCUAGGACCUCUUCCCUCUCUGUAACACCAGGUUGCAGGCAGUGGUUCUGACAGCUUGUUCGUACUUCAGCGACACCAUCACGAACCCACAACAGUGCGGCGCAGGGCUGCUGCGCUUCAUUAGCGAUGGUUGCCUGCGGUCAGGCACGGAGAGGGUCUGGAGGUGAAAAUUAAUUACAGUUUGCUCCACUCGUUGGGGUCGCAGUGUCUCCGUGUCGGUGUCGCAGACGAAAGGAAGCACCUGAUCCCCAUACACACCACACACACAGAUGGGCAAGGCAGAAGGUGGCGAUGAGAGACAGGCUGGAAGUGUGGGAUUCCACAGUCUGACGCCCGCCUGCUGCAGUGUGGCGAUGGCGCAAUUGUCUGCGCGCGGCGUCCAAACAAACAGGUUACGAGGCUAGAGGUCAUCCUGGUGCAGCCUGUCAGCAAUGAUGAUGACCUGGCGGUUCACCUGGCGGCUCACCUGGCUGUUGGGCCAUACGUUCGUCAUCUGGACUUUUCUCUGCGCUUUACAAGCGACAGGACACCAAGAGGACUGUGACGUCACCAUAUGCAAGGACAAGGACGAGCCGCCGCUCACCUGCCCACCUGGCUCACUCCUGCUGGUGCGCAACGUCACCAGCACCCACCACACCACCCACGGCGCCCUGCUGAAGAACCUCAAGCGAACUUGCAUGGGGCGGACUGCCUGUCCCACCAGACUCUUCUGCACGGAGAGCUACGGAGCCGCUGACGUCACGUACGUGUGUGUCCGUGCCAGUCGGAUAGAGGAGAACAGCUGCACCCAGUCCGUGGUCAGGGUGAAGGGUCAUCAAGGCUUCAUCCAGAGUCCCGGGUACCCAGCAGCUGUGACGACGCGAAGAUGUCAGUGGAACAUCACACCCGACACUACUCGCAGCGCUGUCCACGUCUUCCUCCACGACCUCUCCGCCACCCAGCGGGUACCCGAGCCGUGCGACAGCGGCCUGAGGAUCUCGGCAUACAGCUGUGACACACGCACACAGUACAACAAGCUGCUAUGUGCUGACGAGGGGAGUCGCCAGGCGACUGAGGAUGUCAGCAGCCUCCUCGUCUCGUGCGGUCCCGUGGACAUCCAGCUGCACUCGGGCCGGCAGCAGCUGCGCUUCUGGGUUUCUUUUAAAGUGACCGACAACCAGGUGCCAGAAGCAACAUCCUCCGUCCUUUGGGAGGCUGGACUGGUGGUGCUGUGUGGUGACAAGGCGUCGGCAGGCAGGGUCGUACCCUCCCACCCGGAAAUGAAUGCAACUGUGAACAGCACAGCGACCUCAGCUUCCGGAGUGUCGACUGCAGGAGGAGAGGGAGACAGAGAUCGCACUUUGCUGUAUGUUUUAAUCGUCUUGGUGGUUCUGUUUGGAGUUUUCACGAUCAUUCUGUCAGGCAUCCUGAUCGCAGUUUGUAUCAGGCGUAGACGUCCGCGAUUGAUUGAGCACGUGUACGCGGUGCCCACGUCCUGCGAGGGCAACAGUCUGCUGGGGGAGGGUAUGUACCGGCGGACCCCCAGCGUGGUGCAGGUACCCCCACGGCCACGGCUCCACGAGCACUACUCUGACGUAGCAGACGCCGUCAAGAACAGUCCCCCUCGUGACGUCAUGCCGGCCUCGCCUGGCUACGCCGAGGUGGAGCCCCGUGACGCAGACGUCAACCCCAGCAGCAGCGGCAGACCGCGGUUCCAGUUCCGCGUCCGACAGCGCAGCACGACCCCCAGCACGUCCAGCACGACGUAUGAAGAGGUCAACCCCUGCGUCAUAGCCACCACCGUCGCCAACAACAGCAGCAGCGGCGGCUCCCCAUCCGUAAACACGAAAACAGAAGUGACGGCUGCAAAGCGCACGGCGCAGGCCUACGUCAACGCACCGGACAGCGCAGACGACUCGGAGGAGAAGGUGGGAGGCAAGGACAGCAACAUGAACGACAAAGGCAAGUCCAAGGCCGUGGUGACCAGACUGACCACCAACGCCGGCCCCCACACAGGGCUGAAGGGACACAACCGCCCCAACCAACGACUGUAUCCCCUACAGGAGGGGCGUGUUGCGUCCCUUAUAUCGUCGCUCAAUAGAAACAAAGACCAGUCCACCAAGGACAGCACCAAAGGAGAGCAGAAAGAAACUUUGUGAUAUUGUGUUCCGUCUGGAUUGUUCAGUGUCUGAUAGAACUCGCCAGCUCGCGCCUUUCAUCUGCAAGACUUCAGUAUUUGCUGACGUGUAUGUAGAUGAAGACAGCACAGGUAAACACACACGUACACACCGACACAAGUAUGUAAUGAUGGUGUACAGCAAAAACAGCUGUGUACGGAAACAAUGGUCAAAAUAAACACACGCGUACUCGUCAUUGCCACCACCACCACCACCACCACCACCACCACCACCACCACCACCACACCACCACCACCACCACCACCACCACCAUCAUCAUCAUUUUGCAGAACAAACUGAGUCAGCAUAUAAUUUCAAGCCGUCCUGAAGCACUAACCCUGACACAAGUGACAAUCGUUUCUGUGCCGUUGUCGUUGUUGGUGUAGUUGUAGCUCAGCACUCGUUGGCCACGUGACGUUGGACAAGUUGUUAUUCUUGCAGAUGUUUGUGUGACGGCACUUCACAGGUUUGCUGAGUUGACAAGUGUUUGGAGAGCUUGCUGCUGGUCAGUGGAGUGAAUGUCGUGGGAUGCUCACUUUCUGUGAGGUUCAGAGGUCGCCAACCCGUUCUUCGUGCGGAUUCUCAUGGACUACAUGCGACAUCUGUCAAGAACCUCAUGUCCUCAUCUCACCUCUCGGUCGUCACUGUUGUCGUUAAUGAUGACCAGGGCGAGGCCAUGGUGUAAGGUCACAUGAAAUGAUUCAGAAGAAGAAGGAAAGAGUGUUUGUAUAUGUGUGCACCCGUGUUUGUGUGGACGUGUACCUGUGUUUGACUUCACGUAAGUACGAAUCUGAGGUCAUGGGUGCGAGCCUGCGCACCUGUCUUCAAAUGGCUGUAUUUAUAAAUGGCAAUAAAAGGCAGAGUAUGUCAGUAUUAA